UCCCUUUUCCUCUUGGGACCGAGUCUUUUGGGUGGGAAAAUGGCCUUUUUUUCCCUCGAAAGCCUCUACCGGCAGCAGCAGGUGUCGGUGCUUGAUUGCACCCGAAGGAGCCGGGCAGGCUGUGCGCAGGGGGCUGGACAGGCGGCUCCGGGUGCUGCUCCUGUCUGCCCCAGGGGCGAUGAGUGCGCCGGGCUCAGCCGCGACAGAGGGACCAGCCUUGGGCUUGCUGGGGACACGGCGAGCAGCUGAGGGCUCAAGGGGCAUGGCUAUGUGGCUCCCAAGCCGAGGCACGGCAGGUGUGGGGCCCGGGGGUCCCUGCCCGAAGCCGGGGGAGCUCGGGGUGCCGGCGUGUGCUCUGCCGGAGGGACCGUCCUCGGGGUGGCCGGGGCAGCGUGUCCAGCCCCGCGGCGUGGCAGCUUUCCUUACAAGGAGUUUGGCUGGAGCCCGAGCGGCGGGAGCCGCGCUCGCCUCCUCCUGCCUCAUUCAUCGCAGCCCCGGCCGUGCAGGGAGCUGCUGCCCCGGCCCCGCGCUCACCGAGAGCCCCGCGGCCCUGCGGCCCCGGGUUUUAAGGACCGAGGAUGUCCUCGAUGUUCGGCAAGCCCCGAGCCAGCAGCGAGCGGCCGGCCCAGAGUCCCCUCCCCGAGUGCAACGUGGCCAUCCUGGGGUGCAGAGGGGCCGGCAAGUCAGCCCUGACCGUGAAGUUUCUAACCAAGAGGUUCAUCAGUGAAUAUGAUCCCAACCUAGAGGACACCUACUCCUCGGAGGAGCUGGUGGACCAGCAGCCUGUGCUCCUGAAGGUGAUGGACACUGCUGACCAGGACGGCCCCGGGAACUGCGAGCGCUACCUGUGCUGGGCCAGCGCCUUCCUUGUUGUCUACAGCAUCGACAGCAGGCAGAGCUUCGAGGGCUGCCAGCGCUACCUGGAGGUGCUCGCGCUGCACGCGCAGGGCUGCCAGCGCCGCUGCCCCGUGCUCCUGCUGGGAAACAAGCUGGACAUGGAGCAGUACAGGCAGGUGCUCUCAGCAGAAGGGAUGUCCCUCGCCAGCAGGUUCGGGUGCCUCUUCCAUGAGGUGUCGGCAUGCCAGGACUUCUCUCGGGUGCAGCACGUCUUCCACGAGGCCGUGCGGGAGGUGCGGCGCCAGGCCGAGUGCAACCCGCCCCUGCGGCCCCUCUUCAUCUCCGAGGAGCGGCCCUGCCCCCCCGCGGCCGCGCCGCUGGCCCUGCCCACCCACCACAGCUUGGCCACCUGCACCUUCAACACGCUCAACACCGUCAACUACAAGGAGAUCCCCUCGGUGGCCCAGGCCAAGCUGGUCACCGUCAAGUCCUCGCGGGCUCAGAGCAAAAGGAAGGCUCCCACGCUAACCUUGCUGAAAGGCUUCAAGAUAUUUUAGGACACAUCCCUGUGGGCUGCAGAGAGGGAGGAGAGAGACCCUCAUCCAUCCCCCCAGCUCCACAGGGCCUGAGACCUUCCAUGAUGGGCUCACAGGCAUUGCAGCAGACAGUGGCCCUGGUCUCCAUGCCGGGGCAAAGCCGGCAGUGGCAACUUGGCGAGCAGGGAGAGUGCCAAGGGUCCGCCAUGGGCUGUGGAAUCGCUCUGCCUGCCCCUGCCCACUGCUGCUGUGGUGUUUGCACCCUGUCCUGCCACUGGCACUGGGGCCAGCUCAGUUUUCUGUGAGGAUGCAGCAGCUCCCAGAGGAGCUGGAGCUGUGGAUACCAUUGGGAGGGCAAGGGCCAGCCCCACGGCCACCAGCCAGCUUGGCCACCUGGCACACAGCUUCAGGAGCCCAGGAAGGGAGCUCAUUAAUCCAGAAUGGAGGCACCCAUCUCAUUCAUCCCACAGGUCCCCAAUUAAGCAAUAAGUAAGAAGAUUUUUUUUUUUUUUAAUCCAGAUAAAAAAGGUGCAGAUACUGUUUCAGCUUCUUAAAGGCCUCAGGUGGCCUGAAACUGAUACCCACACAUCAAGCUAAGUCACACACAAAUUGCUGCUUUUUAAAUCAACUUUUUACACUAUAGCAUCCCUUUCCAAAUGCUUUGCAAGGAGACACUUUGCUGACAAGGACAUGGUCUGAAAAGACUUUGUUUAAAAGACUGAUGCAUUUCCAACAAUGUCCUAAAUUAUUUGAGGGGUUUUACACAUACCCAGUGAAGGGCACAAAGGGAAUCCUGACGCAGACCAGGCUCUACCUGGCCAAGCCAGGGCCAAAGACUGGGUGUUUGGUGUCAGGUGCUCUAUCAUGUUGAAUGUUCUGCUUCUCCUUGGAGUUGCAGUUAUUUUGCAAAUAAAAUAUCCAUGUAUAUUUGUACAUACAGCCAUAUAAAUAUAAAUAUAUAUAUAUGACCUUACUGACAGAGAGAUUCAAUAUGGCAUUUU